UACAAGGCAGAUGUGCAGUUCCACCUCUAGCACCACUCAGCAUCAUUUGUUUAAUCUUCUGUGUAGUACCACUAAGAGCGCUGUAACCAUCCUGAGAGCCACAGCAUAUUAAGAGUGCAGAGUUUUCCAUCUGAGCAUCAAUGAAAGACACAGACACAGCCUCUGGGACAGGUUAGAAAUGACAUGAUUGCUGUCAAAGAUACAGAGAUCAUGACUGAUAGAAGAAUGAAAACUUUUCCCAAUACUGAGAAGACAAACUGAGCACGACGACUUCACUGAAGACAAGAAGAGGCAAGAGUAACACCAUGAGGCAAGAUAGGCAUUAUCCAAAUGAUACCCUCAUGAGUACCAACUUUGCAGCCAUCUACAGCCACAGUAAUGGAGACUUUACCUCUUACCAAAACCUCACUUUCCCCUUCAAUUUUAGCUACAGUGAUUAUGAUCUGCCCUUGGAUGAUGAUGACGAUGUGACAAAAACUCGCACUUUCUUUGCUGCCAGGAUUGUUGUUGGGGUGGCACUGGCUGGUAUCAUGUUAGUCUGUGGCAUUGGCAACUUUAUUUUCAUUGCUGCUCUGGCCCGCUAUAAGAAGCUCCGUAAUCUCACAAACCUUCUCAUUGCAAACCUGGCCAUCUCUGACUUCCUCGUGGCCAUUGUCUGCUGUCCAUUUGAGAUGGACUACUAUGUGGUGCGACAGCUAUCUUGGGAGCAUGGCCAUAUACUAUGUGCCUCGGUCAACUAUUUGCGCACGGUCUCCCUGUAUGUCUCAACCAAUGCACUCUUGGCAAUUGCCGUGGACAGAUACCUUGCUAUCGUUCACCCACUGAAACCAAGGAUGAACUAUCAAACAGCAACCUUCCUCAUCGCUGUGGUUUGGAUAGUAUCGCUCAUCAUUGCAAUACCAUCCGCAUAUUUUGCAACAGAAACUGUCCUCUUCAUGAUAAAAAAUCAAAAGAAAAAUUUUUGUGGACAGAUUUGGCCAGUUGACCAGCAAAUAUAUUACAAAUCCUAUUUCCUGUUCAUCUUUGGUAUUGAGUUUGUUGGACCAGUUUUCACAAUGACUCUCUGCUAUGCCAGGAUCUCACGGGAACUUUGGUUCAAGACUGUCCCAGGCUUUCAAACAGAGCAGAUAAGGAAGAGGCUUCGCUGCAGAAGGAAAACGGUGUUAGUGCUCAUGUGCAUCCUGACUGCUUAUGUCCUCUGCUGGGCACCUUUCUAUGGCUUCACCAUUGUCCGUGACUUUUUCCCCACUGUGUUUGUGAAAGAGAAGCACUAUCUCACAGCCUUCUAUAUCGUUGAAUGCAUUGCCAUGAGCAACAGCAUGAUAAACACCAUGUGUUUUGUAACAGUAAAGAACAACACCAUUAAGUAUUUCAAGAAGAUCAUGUUACUGAGAUGGCAGUCUACCUACCAUGGCUCCAAGUCAAGUAUAGACACAGACAUCAAAACAAGUGCCAUGCCUGUUACAGAGGUAGUGGAUUGCAUCAGACUUAAGUGAAGUCGUACCAGAUGUCUCCUUGCAACAAAGAUUAUUUUUGGUGUGGCACCUUUCUCACACAUUCCUUCCUCCUUUUCUUUGCAUUAUGUACAUGUGAAAAUUCAUGAGGGAAGGUGCUGCAAGCCAAAGCCCUGUCUUAGGAAAAACUCUUAAAUGUUCUUGGAUAUUCUAACUGGCAGAAAUUGGGGGAAAUGAACCAACUUUACCCAACUCUUCCAAACAUUCUACUUUACCUUUCACCAUAAUCCUCACAGCCUCUUAACUAGAUUGCAUGCCUUGCCAAUCAUUGCUUGUGUAAAACAGAAAGGAUUGGAGAUGAUCAACAAGUUGCCUUGUGGGCUUCAGUUACGUUUCUUGCAUCAUCAGAAUAAACCCAAACAAUUCUAACACAAGGGGCAAGCCUCUUCUUCAAUAAUAAUUUUGUUUCUGAUGGACACUAGAGCUGAUGGAACCAAGCUUGGUUUCUGUGAAAAUUAAUCUGUCCUGAAAAAUCAUUCUCUUGUGGCAUUAUUUUGUUAUAGAAAUCUCAUAAUGUCUGCCCAUUAGAGACAUAAGGGUACAAUGUAAUUUUACUCUUAUUGUAUACUUGAUAAAUGGAGCAGCUAUGCUUUGGGGAAACCAGUCUCUUUAGUCCCUGAGAUUUUUUUUUCCCUGAUAGAUGUAAAACUACCUUACAUUUACAUGUGAAAAAAAGCUGGAUUCUCUAUACAGUGGACCCUUGACAUCCACUGGGGUUUGGUUCCAGGACCCCCUGUCAAUACCAAAUCCAUGGAUGCUCAAGUGGCAAAGUCCAGCUUUAAUGU